AUGCCGAAGCUAUUAGUUGUGAAAAAGCUGGUGAGAGCUUACUUUCAAGAGGCAAAAUGGUAUCAUGGGAAGAAAAUACCAACAAUGGAGCAGUAUAUGAAGAAUGGAAUUGCAUCAAGUUUUGGUUAUGAACAAUGGAGCUUACCUAUUGCUAGCAACUACGUUUUGGAAGAACAAAAAAGAGGAGAUGCACCUUCUGCUAUCGAAUGUUAUAUGAAUGAAUACGAUGUCACAAAAGAAGAACCACACAUGAAAAUAAGGGAUAUAAUAGAGAAUUAUUGGAAGAUUUUGAAUGAAGAAUGCCUCAAACUCACUGGCGUUAUGUCAAGGAAUUUGCUCAUGAUUAUGAUUAAUUUAAUAAGAAAAAAGAGGAAGAGAGCCGUUGGAGUUAUUGCUUUGCCUGAAAUAAAGAGUUCACAAACUGAAAGUGGCGAAAGCCCUCUGAAUAUUCACCAAAAACGAGUACAUGAAGGGGUAAAACAAGGAGAAAGGGAUGGGCCGGAUGGGUUUGUUGAUGUUGGGCCGUUGUUGCUGGGUUGGGCUGAUGGUGCGGCUGGUUGCUGA